CAGCAACUGCUCACACACACACACACACACACUUGCACGCACACAGAGCGGAGUGGACGUGACAGGGAGCUGCCACCAGCUACUGCUCUGCUUCUGCUUGGUAUAUACUCCAUCACCAUCACGUCCAAGCCAUCCAUCGAUCGGUCGGAGCCGAGGACGCGCGCGCAGAGCCGAAGACAGACACAUGCACCCGGCCAUGGCGUCGACGGCCACCGAGAGGCGAGCGGCCUUCUUCCACGGAGGAGACGAGGACGCGAGCGUGGAGGGAGGAGCUGGAACUGGCAGGGCGGUCUUUGGCGGCGGCUUCAGUGCGGCGCGGCCGUUCUUCGUCACCCAGCAGCUCUUCCCGACGGCGGCGGCGGCCGUGGCAACGGGGACGGCGACGCAGCAGCAGGCGACGGAGCGGUGCGCCGCGGUCCCGGAGCUCGCAUGGAGCGGGGCGGCUGCGCACUGGGCCCGGCCGCCGUCGAGGACCAAGAGCCGGCGCGGGCCGCGGUCCCGGAGCUCGCAGUACCGCGGCGUCACCUUCUACCGCCGCACCGGCCGCUGGGAGUCCCACAUCUGGGACUGCGGGAAGCAGGUGUACCUGGGAGGAUUCGACACGGCGCAGGCUGCUGCAAGGGCGUACGACCAGGCGGCGAUCAAGUUCCGCGGCGUGGAGGCCGACAUCAACUUCGUGCUGGACGACUACAAGGAGGACAUCGGCAAGAUGAGCAUGUUGAGCAAGGAGGAGCUGGUGCAGGUGCUGCGGCGGCAGGGCGCCGGGUUCGUGAGGGGCAGCUCCAGGUUCCGCAGCGUCACCCUGCACAAGUGCGGCAAGUGGGAGGCCAGGAUCGGCCAGCUCAUGGGCAAGAAGUUCGUGUACCUUGGCUUGUAUGACACGGAGAUGGACGCUGCAAAGGCUUACGACAAGGCGGCACUCGACUGCAGCGGCGAGGAGGCGGUGACCAACUUCGAGCCCAAGGCGGCAGCGGCGGUGUGCGACGGCUCACUCGGCCUGCAAGCUUGGGGCGGCGAGCCUGAUCUUGAGCUCAGCCUGGGCUGCUCCGGCGGUGGCGAUCCCUCCAUGGUCACCAGCGGCGACACCCCCCACACCGCAGCCGUGCCGGGCAGCCGGAGGACGAGCCUGACGUUCGAAAUGCCGGAGGAGGAGGAGGCGACGGCGCCAUGGCACCCCGGCAGGAACAGGAGCAUCUGGAUGAGGCCUUCGCCGACGUCGAUAACACCGGCGCUGAGGUUCCCGGAGGCCGAUCACUGCUCCACCAUCCCGCGCAGCAGCAUGCUCCAGAUGGGCCAGAUCGGCGGAGGCGGCAGGGCAGAGCCACACAUGCUCGGGUGGCCCACCGGCGCCGGCGUCGAUCGUUGGCAGCCGUUACCCUCCGGCGCGCCGCCGCCAGGUUUCUGCCCUUUUUGUCAGGUUAGCAGGCCGACGCGCUGCCGUCAUGGCCUGUGCAUGGCCGGUCCGAUCCCGGUGGCGCUUAGCCGUAGUAUAUCCGUAGAGAAAGCGACGAACGCUGUAGCUCCAAGGACCUUGUGGUGAUAUGCCCAGCAGAUCUUGUCAAAACCUGAUGAUGCCUUAGUUGGAAAGUGAUUGUGCAAAAUUCCCUUAA